UGUCGCAAAUCAAAGUUAUAGUGUGUCUGCUUCCUCGCCAGCACCUGCUUCAACAUCGAUACCUUCAUCUGAGGGAAGUUUAGUGCCAAGUGAAGCAGCCGAUGGUGGUGGCACACAGGAGAGUCAUGAUGCUAUCAAUGUGGACAGUGAUUUUGAGGAACAACCUGUUACCAAGAAGGCAAAGAAAACCACAUCUAAAGUGUGGCAAUACUUCACCAAGUCCUGGGUGACAGUGGAGGUAAAUGGCAAGAAAGAACAACAAUGUUGGGCAAAGUGCAAUUUCAAAGGGUGCAAAAACAAGACUAGCAAGCAUAGAGCUGAGAGCAAUUUUGGAACAACUGCUUUUUGGACACAUCUUGCUAAUUACCACACUUUUGUUCCGGACUUGGUUCGCACGGAGGCCCAGAGAGCACAACGCUUUAUUGACGGGAUUUACCCAGCAGUCCGUCAUAACAUUGUAGGUCACGGGACCCAGACGUACGCUCGCGCUGUUUCCAUUGCCCAGAAAGUAGACGCCAGCAUUAGGAGGGAGGCCAUCCGUGAUUGUCCUCAGCCAUUCGCCCCCGCCCAGUCAUCCACAGCUUCACCAGCUUUACCAGUUGCCGAGCCGACGAAGGAGAAGAAGAGGAAGGGGAAGGGCGCUCAGACCGACAGGAGGACUCGCCAGAGGCAGCAGCAGGUUCCACAGUGCCCCACAUGCGGACGUUUUCACCGAGGCGAGUGUCGCUUCGGCCAGGAUAUAUGCUAUUACUGCCACGAGCUCAGACACUUUGCUAACCGUUGUCCGAAGAAGGCACAUCAGCCGCAGCAGCCUCAGCAGCCACAACAGCAGCAGCUGCCCCGUGCUAUGUCAGGGAUGAUCAUGCUUAAUAAUGUUCCUGUGUUUGCUUUAUUCGAUACUGGAGCGACGCACUCCUUUAUUUCACGACGAUGCCUUGAUGCCAUCAGAGUUCAUGCCAUUACCGCUGUCGAUCCUCUCGAGGUGAGUCUAGCCUCGGGACGAAAGAUAGUGACCUCAGCUAGAGCUUCAGAUCUCAGCCUUUCCAUCGGUGGUCGUUCAUUGUCUGCCGACGCGUAUGUUCUCGAGAUGAGGGACUUUGACCUUAUUCUCGGGAUGGAUUGGCUAUCCAUUUAUCAUGCAGAUAUCCGAUGUCAUGACCGGGAGAUUACUCUCUAUCUUCCGGGAGACGACUCGAUUACCUUCUUUGGCAGCAAGAAUCGUUCAUUGCCUCAUGUUGUUUCGAUGGCGAAAUCCACCAAGUUGCUGCGACGAGGCAACUGCCAGGGUUAUCUGGUGAGCCUUGUCGAUGAUUCUCAGAAAGCACGAUCACCUCACGAUGUUCCAGUUGUUCGUGAGUUUGUGGACGUGUUCCCAGACGAGCUUCCAGAAGGACCACCUAACCGGCAGGUGGAGUUCUCUAUUGACCUCAUUCCAGGAGCCGGCCCAGUAUCUAAAGCCCAAUACCGUAUGGCGCCGAAGGAGUUGCAGGAGCUUAAGGCACAGAUUCAGGAGUUAUUACGACUCGAUUUCAUCCGACCGAGCGUGUCACCUUGGGGAGCACCCGUUCUCUUUGUCAAGAAAAAGGACAGAUCCAUGAGCAUGUGUAUCGACUACCGGGAUU